AUGAUGAGUAAAGACUCUCUUAGACUGGAAAGCCCAGUGAAGGAGACCUUGCACAAAGCCUUUUGGGACAGUGUGGAGGAACAGCUCCCUGCUGGAACCCCAGACCACACGUGGGCAAUCCAGCUGCUGCAGGAGAUAAGAGUUGAGUUGUUCCUGACCCAGAGAAGAUGGGUGAUUAUCUGGGUGCUGGGCCUGAUGAAAAUGGAUAUGCAAUUUACCACCCAGAGCAUCUGCUCCCAUUUGCAAGACCACAUUGUCCAAUAUGAACAGAAGAGAUUCUAGGAACUCUUGGGUAAGCUGCCUACCAGCAGUAGCACAACUGUGCCUAGUCUUGCAUCCAUGCUAAAUCAAGGAUACAUGAAUCUGCUCUGCUGGGAGCCUGGGCAAAAGGAAUACCCUGAAACACUGCUUAUGGAUCAGCAGGAAAUACAAGCACAGGUGAAUGAGUUUGCCAUCAUAGCUGUAGUCCUGCUAGUGACACAGAAGUAUCUGUGAAGCACCUUAUGUGGUUUACCUGGGUUUGUACGUAGGCUGAAAAGGGUAACAAAGGUCCUCCUGGAAGGUAUUGCAUGAUUUAGGUAUGAAGAAGCUUUAGAAGACAUUGACCAUGCGCUCCAGGAGGUCAGCAGGACCCCUCAGCUGGGUUACUUUGCUUUUACCCCAGCAUACACUUCCCUGAAAGGCCAGAUAAAAAGCAUCGCAGACAAGGACAACACAGCCCAGCACAUCAUUGAGCAGCACAUUCAUUCCUUCCUCUGCCUUUUCAUUUCCCCUGAUGGACAGAGGCAGAAAGAUUUCCUGAAGAGCCUUGAUCCUGUUCAGGAAGAGCUGCUGGAAGCUGGGAGCAGGUUUGGAAGCAUGAUCCACCACAACAGGCAGGAGUUAGGACCUCACCACUCAGGAAUUGUCAAGAAGGUGCUUCUCCCAGAUGCAGAACCAGACUCAAGAGGUGGAACACUUUAUCCCACAGUAUCUCAAAUCAUGCCUCAGAUUGUAAAAAUCAACUGGACAAAUCCACAGCAUUACUCCUGGGAAGUGACUCUUUGCAUGUCUGUAUCUGAAUAAACCUCUCAACUACAAAAGGUAGUGCUUCUUUUCCCCCCAAAUCUGCCACUAUUUGGUGGGGAAGGCAACAGGAUGUGGAGCUGAGAAAGCUGCAGAGCAGCUCAGGGUGCUUUAAUUCAAGGUGUUAAUUCUGCCAUGGGCCUGUAACCUACUUUGCUGAAGCUUUAGUCACAGCCCAGGGAUGCUGUUUGCAUUUGAUAAAGCCACACAGUAUUUAAAAUCAUUAAAUCUGCUCAAUAUGGUUCAAUGUUAGCUUGAAAACUUGACUGAAUUAUUAGAAAUGGAACAUAUGGUAUAAAUUUAGCAAUCCCUGGUGUAUUUAGUAUUUCACAUCAGCCAGAUUUCACUUGACAUGAAAAUGGGAACUUUAACCUGUAUUUCAGUGUCUGGAUUUCUUGCUCUAAUUUCACAUCAU